GGCACCGAGCGCCACGUCUCCCUGACAUCGCCGGCGCCGGACAUGGCUGUGCUAGAGCUACACUUCGUCCGGAGCUGCUACCACUACCCCAGCCGCGAUGACGCGGACAGGACGCGGGUGCUGUUCUGGCUGUCCGUCCGGAGCUUCACCAACGCCAGGGUCCUCAAGCUCAGGAUGAACAGCCUCGACGACAUCGCCGUCGGCAAGGCGAGGCGGGCCGAGCUCCUGUGCACGUUCCGCGACGCCGUGCGCCUGGAGCUGGAAGGCGCGCACCAUCCCACCACGAGCAAGGCGGCGGCGGCGGCCCUCGCCAACCUGCUCCGCUGCUGCCCUGUGGUUCGGGAGCUCAGGCUGAAGCUCAGCACUGUGCCAUCCAACUCUUUCAUCAACAGUCCUGAAUACGGCUCGGCAUUCUUGGAAAGGAAAGAUCGGCUGGACUAUGAGAAAUCAGUCGACCGCUUCAUGCGCCGCAGACUGAAUCCUGUGAUUGCCACGGAUGGUACUGACGAACAUGAUCGGGUUCCUGAUGAUGAUGACAUCCCUGGCUUGAGUGGGCACUCGCUCACCUGCUUGCAGAGUAGCCUGAGAAGAAUUGGCCUGCAGUUUCGCCUGGAAAAUAACUCCAGCUGCUUUGGAACACGGCUGGUAAAAUUCUUCACCGCCAAUGCAAAGGUUCUUGAAGAAAUCUAUGUUCACAGCGGCAACCGGAAACUGUGCGAGCACAUGAAGCUCAAUGUGGAGAGAUGGAUUGCGACUACCUCAUCCAACGUUUGCUUCAAACGCAAGAACCUCGCAGACAGCUCAAUGGGCUUCCCACCAGAUUUGCUGUCUUACCACUUGAAAGGCGAAGCUAGAUGAAUUGCGACUUUUGGUGCUAAAAAUAUGAAGUUCUGAAUUAAUGUAAGGAUUGGAAUAACAAGCUGUCCUUGAUGAA